CUAAUCUCUUUAAACAUCACUUUUCCUUUGUCCCCUCACCUUCAACAAUCUUCAAAGAAACACUUCCAUUGAACCUUAACCAAACCCUCCUUUUUCUCUUAAUAAUCCGUUUCUCCAUCUUUCUCAGUGCAAAAGUUUUUUCUCAUUUCCCCUCUUUAUUCCUCAUCUCACUCUCUUUUCCCCAGUCAACACUUUCCUACUGGUUUCAUCUGAUUCCUCAACCAGUUUACACCCAAAAGAGUAUAAGUCUAUUGAACAAGAAAGAAAAAAAAGGAAAAAGAAGAAAGAAAAAAAAAUAAAAGAACCAUCUUUAUUCCCUUAUUAUUCCUUCCUAUACAUACAUAUUCAUAUAUUUCCCUUUUGGUGGUUAAAUAUGGGGUUCUCAGAGAAGCCACAAGUGGAAGAGUCAGAUAGUACUAGAAAAUGGGUCAUCGCUGGAAUCCCUUCACGAGCGCCAUUGAAGCCAAUAUUUACCACCAAAGAAGAAGAAAAAGAUGAAGAAGGUGACUUGGAAGAGUGUUCAACGACACCAAAAGGGGAAGAAGCAAAGAUUCCAACCACGUUGAAGUGUCCACCAGCUCCUAGGAAGAGAAAACCUUCUUUGAAGUGCAACUAUCGUGGUGGUGGAGCAAGAGAGUUCUUCACUCCACCGGACUUAGAAACUGUGUUUAUACGCCAUGUUGAAAGGACUAGCUAAUUGAUAUCAUAGAGGUGGGAAAAAUAUAUAACCCUUCACCAAUUAAAACUUUAGCAAGUUAUUAGUUAGAGCUAGCUAUAAUUAAUUUAGUUCUGUUAUAUGUAACUUUCUAUAUAUUUUAUAUUUUAUUAAGUUUUUAAGUCGUUUUAAUUCUCUGUUAUUAAUUAAUCUAGCUAGCUAGAGCUUAAACAUUGCAGGAGUUUAGAGAUUAUUAGGGUAUUUGUAUUUGUAUAAAGAGCUGAAUAAACAAAUUAAAAUUAGAUAUUUGCUUGCUUGUUGCA